UUCGCCCUCCGCGCGCCGCGCCCGCCCCGCUGUCGGCGCCCGCUCGGGAGGCGCCCGGGCCGAGGUGCAGGGACCGCCGAGCGCCCCGCGGAGGUGCCGCCCAUGCAGCGCGGGGUGCAGCGCGGGGUGCAGCGCGAGGGGCGCGGCCGGCGCCCGAGACCUUGGCUUCUGGAAGAACAGGAUCUCGGUGCGAUUCCCAGCCUCCCUCCUUUAGACCCGGUGAAAUUGCAUGUAUGCGUCUGCCUCCCAGCCUCGUGGGAAGCUAACCUCCAGGGGCAGCCGGGAUGGCCAGCUCCGCCCGGGAGCACCUGCUGUUCGUGCGGCGCCGGAACCCCCAGAUGCGGUACACGCUGAGCCCCGAGAACCUCCAGAGCCUCGCGGCCCAGAGCUCUAUGCCGGAGAACAUGACCCUCCCGAGGGCGAACAGUGACACGGACCUGGUGACCUCUGAGAGCCGCUCCAGCUUGACCGCCAGCAUGUACGAGUACACGCUGGGGCAAGCCCAGAACUUCAUUAUCUUCUGGGACAUUAAAGAGGAGGUGGACCCCAGUGAUUGGAUUGGACUGUACCACAUAGAUGAGAAUUCUCCAGCCAACUUCUGGGAUUCUAAGAACAGAGGUGUGACUGGAACUCAAAAAGGGCAAAUUGUAUGGAGAAUUGAGCCUGGGCCCUAUUUCAUGGAACCGGAGAUAAAAAUCUGUUUUAAAUACUACCACGGCAUUAGUGGAGCCCUUCGCGCCACGACCCCCUGCAUUACGGUGAAGAACCCUGCUGUGAUGAUGGGGGCAGAAGGCAUGGAAGGAGGUGCUUCUGGAAAUCAGCAUUCUCGGAAGCUAGUUAGCUUUACGUUGUCAGAUCUUAGAGCAGUUGGGCUAAAGAAAGGGAUGUUCUUCAAUCCUGACCCUUAUCUGAAGAUGUCCAUCCAGCCAGGGAAGAAGAGCAGCUUCCCCACCUGUGCCCACCAUGGGCAGGAGAGAAGGUCUACUAUCAUCAGUAAUACCACUAAUCCAAUUUGGCACCGAGAGAAAUAUUCCUUUUUUGCACUUCUUACUGAUGUCUUAGAAAUUGAAAUUAAAGACAAAUUUGCCAAGAGUCGUCCCAUCAUCAAGCGUUUUCUGGGGAAACUAACCAUUCCAGUCCAGAGGUUGCUGGAGCGGCAAGCCAUUGGGGACCAAAUGCUCAGCUACAACCUUGGCCGGAGGCUCCCAGCUGACCACGUGAGCGGCUACCUCCAGUUUAAAGUGGAGGUUACGUCUAACGUGCACGAAGAUGCUUCUCCAGAAGCCGUGGGCACAAUCCUUGGGGUGAGUACGGUGAACGGAGACCUGGGAAGCCCUUCUGAUGAGGAGGAUGUGCCAGGGGGCCCCCAGGACAGCCCCGUCUGCGCCAACGGCCCGGUUUCGGAGGACAGCGCUGCAGACGCGACGCCCAAGCGCGCUCUCAGGACUAGCUCCACGCUGGACAUGGACACCGAGGACCUGAGCUCCGCCGCGUCCAGGGCCUCGCCCCCCCGGGGCCGCCAGGAUUCGCUCAACGAUUACCUGGACGCCAUCGAACACGGCGGCCCGGCCCGGCCCGGCGCGGCCGCCUGCCCCGACAGGUCCCUGGGCGCCUCCCCCAAGCUCAGGAGUAGUUUUCCCACCGACACGAGGCUCAACGCGAUGCUGCACAUCGACUCCGACGAGGAGGAGCACGAGUUCCAGCAAGGCCUGGGGUACCCGGGCUCCCCCGAGGAGGACGAGGAGGGCGGGGGGCUGGUCAUGGCGGGCAGCGCACCCGCGGGCCGGACCCCCCAGGCCGGGCCGCAGGGCAGCCCCGCGGACGGGGCCGGGGCCUUGCACGCCGAGGACAAGCCGGGCCGCGCCCCCGAGCCCGAGCCUGAGCCCGCCGCCGCCGAGGGCGCCCCGGACGCCGAGCAGCUGGCAGGCGGGGCGGAGCCGGGCACGCCUGACGCCGAGUCCCCGGAGCAGGAGCCGGAGCGGGAGCCGGAGCGGGAGCGGGAGCGGGAGCAGGAGCAGGAGCAGGAGCAGGACCAGGCCUCCUCCGAGACCGAGCCCAGCGACCCCGCCCCGACCGAGAGCGCGAGCGCCAGCGAGGCCAGCACGCGGCCCGAGGGCGAGAGCGACCUGGAGGGCGCCGACGGCCCCGGGCCCUGCGCCCACCCGCCCGAGGGGGAGGCGGCGGCGGAGGAGCAGGAGCAGGAGGAGCAGGAGCAGGAGCAGGAGGAGGCGGGCGGCGAGGAGCAGCGCGGCGCCUGCGGAGGCCCCGCCGCGCCCCGGGAGCCCGCCGCCCUGCCCGCCCUGCCCGCCGUGCAGGUGCCCCGCGGGGCCGGGGCCGGGGAUGCGCCCGGGGCGCACGACGUGUGGCGGCGCAGGGGCAGCCUGCAGGGGGCGGCCGAGCGCGCGCGGGAGGAGCAGGAGCAGGACGAGCAGGAGGAGGAGCGGGAGCAGGAGCGGGAGGAGCGGGAGGAGCGGCAGCCCGAGCCCCAGCCGGACGCCGACGCCCCGGCCGCCCGCGGAGCCUGCGAGGGGGCCGCUGCGCAGGAGGAGGGCGCCGCCGCCGGAGGUAGGAUGCUCGCAGAUUCUCAAGCCAAUGGCCACCAACCAUUGAGAUCGUUGCCUUCGGUGCGCCAGGACGUUAGCCGCUACCAGAGGGUGGAUGAGGCUCUCCCACCAAACUGGGAGGCACGCAUUGACAGCCACGGCAGGAUCUUCUACGUGGAUCACGUGAACAGAACCACCACAUGGCAGCGGCCAACAGCGCCUCCAGCCCCCCAGGUGCUGCAGAGAUCAAACUCCAUACAGCAAAUGGAGCAGCUGAACCGGAGAUACCAGAGUAUCCGCAGAACCAUGACUAAUGAGAGGCCUGAGGAAAAUACCAAUGCGAUCGAUGGGGCAGGGGAGGAAGCUGACUUUCACCAAGCUAGUGCAGAUUUCCGACGGGAAAACGUCCUGCCUCACUCUACCUCCAGAUCCAGGCUCACGUUGCUGUUACAGUCACCCCCCGUGAAGUUCCUCAUCAGCCCAGACUUCUUCACCGUGCUGCAUUCUAACCCUAGUGCCUACCGCAUGUUUACAAACAAUACGUGUUUGAAGCACAUGAUCACCAAAGUCCGGCGGGACACCCACCACUUUGAACGCUACCAGCAUAACCGAGAUCUUGUGGGAUUCCUCAAUAUGUUCGCCAACAAACAGCUGGAGCUGCCAAGGGGCUGGGAGAUGAAACACGAUCAUCAGGGCAAGGCAUUUUUUGUCGACCACAACUCCCGCACCACCACUUUUAUCGACCCCCGGCUCCCACUCCAGAGCAGUAGACCCACGAGCGCGCUGGUUCAUCGGCAGCACCUGACCAGGCAACGCAGCCACAGCGCAGGCGAGGUAGGAGAAGAUUCUCGACAUACAGGACCACCAGUUCUUCCCAGGCCAUCAAGUACAUUCAAUACAGUCAGUAGGCCACAGUACCAGGAUAUGGUUCCAGUGGCUUACAAUGACAAGAUUGUUGCAUUUCUGCGCCAACCCAACAUCUUUGAAAUUCUGCAGGAGCGUCAACCUGAUCUUACCAGGAAUCAUUCACUCAGGGAGAAGAUCCAAUUUAUCCGAACUGAAGGGACCCCAGGAUUGGUGCGUCUUUCAAGUGAUGCAGACCUUGUUAUGUUGCUGAGUUUAUUUGAAGAAGAGAUAAUGUCUUAUGUGCCUCCACAUGCCUUACUUCACCCCAGCUACUGUCAGUCUCCACGUGGUUCCCCUGUGUCCUCUCCCCAGAACUCGCCGGGUACUCAGCGUGCCAAUGCCCGGGCUCCAGCCCCUUACAAGCGGGACUUUGAAGCCAAACUAAGGAACUUUUACAGGAAGUUAGAGACGAAAGGAUACGGACAAGGCCCAGGGAAAUUAAAGUUAAUUAUCAGAAGAGACCACUUACUAGAAGAUGCUUUCAAUCAGAUUAUGGGCUACUCCAGAAAAGACUUGCAGAGAAAUAAGCUGUACGUCACGUUCGUUGGGGAGGAAGGGCUGGAUUACAGUGGACCUUCCAGAGAGUUUUUCUUCCUCGUAUCCAGAGAACUCUUUAACCCAUAUUAUGGCUUAUUUGAAUAUUCGGCCAAUGACACAUACACAGUACAGAUAAGUCCCAUGUCUGCUUUUGUAGACAAUCACCAUGAAUGGUUCCGGUUCAGUGGUAGGAUCCUUGGUCUCGCACUAAUACACCAGUAUUUGUUGGAUGCCUUCUUCACACGGCCCUUUUAUAAAGCCCUUCUCAGAAUUCUGUGUGACCUGAGUGAUCUAGAAUACCUUGACGAAGAGUUCCACCAGAGCCUGCAGUGGAUGAAAGACAAUGACAUCCAUGACAUCUUGGACCUUACAUUCACUGUGAAUGAAGAAGUUUUUGGGCAGAUUACCGAACGAGAAUUAAAACCAGGGGGUGCCAAUAUCCCGGUCACAGAGAAGAACAAGAAGGAGUACAUUGAAAGGAUGGUGAAAUGGAGGAUUGAGAGGGGCGUCGUACAGCAAACGGAGAGCUUAGUGCGUGGCUUCUAUGAGGUGGUGGAUGCCAGGCUGGUGUCUGUUUUUGAUGCAAGAGAACUGGAACUGGUCAUCGCAGGCACAGCUGAAAUCGACCUGAGUGACUGGAGAAACAACACAGAAUAUAGAGGAGGAUAUCAUGACAAUCAUAUUGUAAUUCGGUGGUUCUGGGCUGCAGUGGAAAGAUUCAACAAUGAACAACGACUAAGGUUGUUACAGUUUGUCACGGGCACAUCCAGCAUUCCCUAUGAAGGAUUUGCUUCUCUCCGAGGGAGUAAUGGCCCAAGAAGAUUCUGCGUGGAGAAAUGGGGGAAAAUCACUGCUCUUCCCAGAGCUCACACUUGUUUUAACCGUCUGGAUCUCCCCCCAUACCCAUCCUUCUCCAUGCUUUAUGAAAAACUCUUGACAGCAGUUGAAGAGACCAGCACCUUUGGACUUGAGUGACCUGAAAAAGCGAUGUCGGGCUCUGUACGGACAGGCAAUUUUGGAAGCUGCGCUCUAGAAGAAUGGCUGAACAUUGGAAGUUUCAAGAGUAUGCUUCCAGUAGAGUAAAGAUGAAUGCUCUGAUUUUCCAGGAACACAUGCUCCGUCACAUUUGGGGACCGGAUGGAUAGUGGUGAUGAGUCCUCUUGGAAGGAUUUGGGUGAGCUUGAUGCCCAGGGAACAACCCAACAGUCUUUCAAUCAACAGUUGUUGACUGCCAAACUUUUUUCCAUUUGUGUUAUGUUCCAAGACAAAGAUGAACCUGUACACGAUCAGCUUCAUGGUAACUUUUAGGGACUCAGGAGAAUCUUGAAACUUACCAUUGAAUGUGGAUCAAGCCAAACUGGCAGCACUUGGCCCAAUCUCCAAAUUAGUGCAAGUUAAAUAAUAUAAUAAAAACAAAUGUAUUUCCUGAAAGUACAUUCAUUUAAGCCCUAAGUUAUAGCAGAAUAUUCAUUUUCUUGCUUAUGAGUGCCUGCAUGGUGUGCACCAUAGGUUUCAGCUUUCAUGGGACACAAGUGAAAAUGAAACCAAGUCAACAUGAGGUAACUUUAAAGAUUUGCAAUAAGAUGGUCUGUGACAAUGUAUAUGCAAAGUGGUAUGUGUGUAAUUAUGGCUGAAGACAAACUGUUAUACAAUGAAUAACUAAUGACAGAUUUUAUGCUUUAUAAUGCAUGAGAACAAUUUAAAAAUAACUAGCAAUUAAUCACAGCAUAUCAGGAAAAAUACACAGUGAGUUCUGUUUAUUUUUCAUAGGUUCAUUAUAUUUCUGUUCCUUAAGAUGUAUAUAAGAAACUACCUGUCAUACUGUAUGUAUCACCUGUUCCAUUUUCAUGUUCCAUGCUUACUCGGGCAUCAUGCUAGUAUGUAUCCUUUUACAGCACUCUCAAGGGAACAAAAGGGCCUUUUAUUUUUAUAAAGGUACAAAAAAAAAAAUUCCCCGAAAUAUUUUGCACUGAAUGUACCAAAGUUGAAGGGACAUUACAACAUGACUAAUGGCAACUCCAUCACUUGACAAGUAUAAUAGGAAAUAGCUUCUAAAUCCGACUUCCUUCACAGUGCCAUGUCUACCACUACAAGGACUGUGCAUCUAAGUAAUAAUUUUUUAAGACUCACUAUAUGUGAUAGUAUGAUAUGCAUUUAUUUAAAAUGCAUUAGACUUUUUCCAUCCAUCAAAUACUUUACAGGAUGGCAUUUAAUACAGAUAUUUCGUAUUUCCCCCACUGCUUUUUAUUUGUACAGCAUCAUUAAACACUAAGCUCAUUUAGAGAGCCAUCAGCGACACCCAAGAGAUCAGCUCUCUUUAGUAAUAAGAAUUCCAUUUUUCCCUCAUCAGUGAAGACAUCACAAAUUGAAACUCUCAGUACUAUAUUUCUAAGCCUGCAUUUUCACUGAUGCAUAAUUUUCUUAUCAAUAUUAAGAAACAAUUUUUCUAUGGUAUCUCAGCAACUGCAUGCUAUCACUGAUGUGAUUUCUGCUUAGUUUUAUCAGAGGUUGUUCAUUUUUAUUGCUUCUGGGGUUACUCCACAUCGUUGUUUAUUUCUUGACUUAUGGCCAUAACUAAUCUGAGUGAGUUCUCUAAUAGGUUGACGUUAAAUCAUGGAUAAUAAAAGCAUUGGAUUAAGAUUUGGUUUGCCAGCCUGUGGUUUUACAGGCGUUGCCCAAACACCUCUUUGAGAAUUAUAAGUAGCCAUGGAAUUCCUAUUAUGGGAUGUUGGCAAUCUUGUAUUUUAUAGGGUCACAUGCAUGGUUUUCACAGGUGGUUUAUAAGAACUAAUUGCUCUCCUGUUGGUUAAGCUAUGUUUACUAUUGAGACCCUCAAGAGAAAUACCACUCAUGUUGCAUUCCUGAAUUAAAGGCAGAUACUAUAGCAUGGGGAAAUGUUCCCCCCAAAAAGUUACAGAAAUCUGGAGAUUAAAAAAAGAUUAACUGUGUACUAUAAUUGGACCAGAAAAAAAGAAAAAGAAAAAAGUUUUAAUUGGAAAUGUUAGCUUGUACUUACUGAUCAUGAAUAAGUAUAUAUUUAAUUUUGCAAACUAUUUUUACUUGUUUGUAUUUUUUUCAUUAUAAGGAAAAAUAGUAUAACAUACUUUAAAAAAAAAACCUCAUCUUCACUGUAUAUAAAAUGGUUCAGGUUCGGAGCUGGCAUUCUCUAAGCAGCUGGUAUAAAAGGUUACAUUUCUUUCAAAAACAGACCAUGUUAGCUUUCAUUUUGGUUUGUGACACUUUAUCAUACUCCACAUUAUUACGCAAAAGAGGUUUGAAAUAAAAUGCAUCUCUUUAA